GUGAAGGUCAUUUCAAGUUUACUAUGGUUUUUGAUCGCAGGAGAUUACACGACUUCCUUUCUUCUAGUGGAAACAUUCUAUUUUUCAUUGAGGCCUAGCAAGAUCUUCGAUGCUCAGAGAACUGGUAUUCCGGGUCUUAGUUCUAUGUGUAGUGCUGGGACAAUGCAUCUCUCGGAAGUAACUAUCUCGAGGGUUCCGGACCAGUGCCAUCAGAAUCUCUUCGCGAACUAUGGAAACUAAUUGAGACCACCCUCAGCAUUGCAGUGUUUUUGCGGGGCCCACGUUUGUUGGUGGGGUUUUUUUUUUUGGUUUUGUUUGUUUUUGGUUGUUUUUUUUUUCUGUUUCGUUCAAUGUCUGUUUUUAAAGCAUUUGGUGUAUAGCGAAAUCCCUUUUCAUGCACAUUUCUGUGAGGUUAACGAACGAUUUUGAAUAAAAAUAGAUAAUAACAUAGUUUUAAAUGAAAGUAAAUGUUUUACACGAAGAUUCCUUUUUCUGCAUGAAGAGUUCUCAAUAACGUAAGAGAAUUAAUUUCUUACAAAAGUACAUAAUAGAAUAGUAUUUCAUCAUACAUAGACGAAAUACAACCCUUUGAAAUCUUUACAUCACUUCAAAUACAGUGAGGAAAAGAAGUCUACCAUGUCCCCUACACAAUUCCAUAAAUAGACCGAGUCUCGCCCCUCUUUACCAACUUUAUAGAUCAUUUCGAAAUGCUCUUUCGGGGGCUAUUUAAACUUUUGAACGAUCCAUUCCGGCCAGUUCUAAAAUCGGCAUCAUUCAGAGAUGUUUUCGGUCGCUGUUCUUUCGGUGCUUGCGGUGUCUGCUCUUGCAUUACCAAUUAAGAGAGAGGAUGAUUACCAACACUGGGUAGACACGUGGAAAGCCUCGGCAAAUGAUGUGGAGAAGACGAGUCAGAAAGAUAUAGACGACUACACCAGGCGUCUGGUCCACGAUUUGGAUGAAGUAAUCAAAAACCUCAAUGUGGUACUGAGCGGAAAAGGAACUGAUGAAGAUGGGAUGAAGGCGAUGUAUCACAUUGGUGGAAUGAUGGAGCUUCUGAAGGUAGAUUCAGCAGAGGAGAAAUCCAUCCAACCUAUGGAACUUCCACCGGAAGCAGACGACCGAUGUGGUGAAGAUGCCGUUGCGAAACAGGAGGGUUGUGAUGCUAUGUUUGGACUGAUUCUGUCGUGUGUUAGAGACGGAGUUGUGUCUGUCAGAAAUAAGCUGACAAGCGAUGAUGACACUGUGAGUAAAAUAUCAUACGCUAAAGCCGUCAUUAACAAAAUCGGCGCAGGAGCAGAGGGGAUUUUCAAAUUAGCAGAGGCUUGCUAUGGAGACAAGAAAAAGAAUCCCUAUCAACAUUGGAUUGAUACGUGGACGGUUUCAGCUGACCAGGCAAAGGAACUCUCCGCUGCUGAAGUUGCGGAUUACACCACGCUUUUGCUGCGUGACCUUGGAGAUGUGGUCAAGAACUUUGACGUCCUCCUCAGUGGCAAGGGCGGUAAGAAAGAAGGGAUCCUGGCCAUGCAUCACCUCGGAGGCAUGUUGGGACUUCUCAAGUUGGAUGCCGAGUCUGGAGGAGGUUCUAUAAAACCCAUGGUGCUCCCUGCGGACUCUGACAAAGGUUGCACACCCGCUGACAUCGAAAAACAAGACGGAUGUGAUGCUAAAUUUGGAAUGGUUCUGAAAUGUAUCCGAGGGGGUGUCGUGGCUGUAAUGGAUUUUCUUAAGGGCAACGAAGAUACUGUGACGAAAAUCAAGUUUGCUAAAGCAGUAAUUAACGAGAUUGGCGCAGGGGCAGAGGGGGUUUUCAAAUUAGCAGAGGCAUGUUAUGGGGAUAAAUCUGAAAACGAGAACCCGUACCAACACUGGGUGGAUACGUGGAAAGCUUCAGAAAACGAUGUGAAGCAGGCAAGUGACGAGGAAAUAAAACAGUACACAGGACUCUUACUGCGUGACCUCCAGGAUGUCAUAGACAACCUCAAAGUGCUGCUAAGCGGAAAGGGGACCAAGGAAGAGGGUAUCCGUGCCAUGCAGCACAUUGGAGGAAUGAUGGAACUUCUGAAAAUAGACGCUGCAGAAGGAGAGGACGCCAUUCCUCCAAUGAUCCUCCCUGCUGAUUCAGACAAGGGCUGCACUGCUGCUGAUGUUGAGAAACAAGACAGCUGUGAUGCCAAGUUUGGAGUGAUUAUGGGCUGUGUGAAGGGCGGCUUGGAGGCGGUAGUGAAAGCCUUGAAGAGCGAUAUGGACGUUUUAAAGAAGAUCAGCUUCGCUAAAGCCGUCAUAAACAAGAUUGGCGCAGGCGCAAAGGACAUAUUCUAUCUUGCAGGACAAUGCUAUGGUGGGGAUUCAAAGACUGAUGAAUAUCAACACUGGGUGGACACUUGGAGGGCUUCAAAAAGCGAGGUUGAAAAGGCAUCCCCAGAAGAAAUUCAGAAGUAUACUGACCUCCUGGUGGGGGAUAUAACGGAAGUCGUGGAUAACAUCGAUGUAUUGCUUAGCGGAAAAGGCACAGAUGAAAAUGGCGAAGAAGCUAUGAAGCAUUUCGGUGGAAUGAUGGAACUUGUAAAGCUUCAUGCUGCAUCGGGAGAAGAUGCUAUACAGCCCAUGAAACUACCCCCCGGGUCUGACAAGGGAUGUACCGCUGCGGAUGUUGAAGAGCAAGACAGCUGCGAUGCUAAAUUUGGUGUAAUUCUUUCAUGUACCAAAAAGGGACUGACGGCUGUGAUCAAUGACUUAAAGAGUAAAAAAGACGCGGUGAAAAAAAUCAGCUUUGCAAAGGCAGUGAUUCACAGCAUUGGUGAAGGAGCUGAAGGCGUUUACAAGUUGGCAGAAUACUGCUAUGGUGAUAAAAAGGAAAAACGGAUGGAAACCGAAAAGAAAUCUAAGGCAAGACUAGAACGCCUGCUGCGUGAAUAUCUGAACACCAAGUAAAUACCACCAAACAGGAAGCGACGCGAGUUACUUGACGGAAACAGGAAGUGAACCUCAUUCUCAUACUCUUCUUGUGUCCUCAAAAUAUGCGACCACCUUCGUCCUUGGACAAUUCUUGAAAUAUAUUUUCACGUUUUAUAUCGUUUAUAAAUUUUAUUUUUAGAAUGGAUUUACAUCAUUAAAUAUUGAAUGCAUAAUACA